AUGGGCCUCCUGCUAGCGCUGCAAAGAGUGGUGGUGGCACUCGACGCUGGAGAAGAACGACUACUGGCGGCCACGACUCCAGCAGCGGCAGCGGAUGGUGGCGACAACAAACCAUCGGCAAAAGUGGAGGCGCGAGCCCAGCAGCUGGAGGGCGUCGCCAAGCUCGCCACAGCACUGCGGACUGUGACAGAGUCCACCGGUACGUUGAAGCUGGCCAACGGCGACGACAUCGCGAAGCAGUUGACGGGUGUGGCCGAUGCGCUCAACGUUCCCGAGAAGAAGAAGCCGCCCAAGUCCAAGGCAGUGCGCUUGGCAGAGGCAGCGAAGGCGCUCGACUCCGCGACCUGCACCUACAACUGGGCGUACGGGCAGAAGGUGCUGGCCGAGGCGAAGGCAGCCAAGGCCCGCGAGAGGUUGCAGGAGAGCGCGGGCGCGGUCGUCAGCGCCGAGGCCGAGAUCGAAGCCAUCCAGAACGAGGGCAAGCAGAAGGCGCCGAAGAGCAUCUUCGAACAGCUGCUGGACGCGGACGCCGACCUGCUCUCGCCCAGCGACGUGCAGAUCGCCGAGGUCGAGGACGAGUUUCGCCGGGACGAAGACCUCGACGCCGAGGGCAAGAAGGCCGUGGACGAGGCCAAGAGACAGGUGCUCGAGCAGCUGCAGCGCAACGCCAGGGAGUUCGCGGGCCAGCUGAAGCAGCACCUACAGGCCGCCAAAGCCAAGGCCGAGCAGGAACGGGUCGAUAUCCAACAGGCCUUCAAGAAGAGGAAGGCGGAGCAGCAAACGACGGGACAGGCCGCGGACGCGCCGACCACCGUCGCUCCACCAACCGCGGGCGCCUCUGGAUCCGCGACCCAGCCCGACAACGACACCCACGCCAGCAAGGUCAAGGCGCGGUGGGAGACGGCACGCCACAUAUUCAGCGCCAACAUCACGACCUGGGGCCCCGCGGUGUUGAGCUGGCUAAGACGAGACGGAAUACUGCAGCCCUACGACGUCUACGCCAUCCAGGAGACCCACCUGCCCCAGGCCCAGCUCGCAGACACGGAGCACACGCUGCAGAAUAUGGGCUUCUCAGCAGUGUUCACCGCGGCGCGCGCAAGGACGAACAGCCCCUGUGGAACUUGCGGAGGCACGGGGGUCCUCGCCAAGGGCCGCCCCAAGGCAACGACACGCCGACAUCGGGGAGAGCGUGCCAGCGUCUCGGACGCCACCACCUACGACGCCGACGACACCCACGCCACCUACCGCAUGUGCGACUGGACGCCAAACUCCAUGAAGCUGACGUCCCUGGCUGCCUUCCUCGCCGCCGCGCGCGCGCCGUGGACCAUCUGCGGCGACUUCAACCGCUCCUACGCCGACCUGGUGCAGUCAGGCUGGACCACAGCCCUCGGCGCCACCGCCUACGCAGGACUCGACGACAACCAGCGCGCGCGCUUCCUCGGCGACGCGAAGCCGCCCAACAUCGACUACGCGCUCCACCCGCAGCACCGACGAACCACCAUGGAUGGAGCAGACCAGGACCCUAUGGAGGAAGACGACGCGGCGGACUACUUCGACGAAUUCGAACCCGAACGCGACGCCCACUACUCCCAUUACUCCCACGCCGACACCGACAACAUGCAUGACCCGGAGGUGUACGCACAUGUUGCAGCGGAAGCUCAAAGGACCCACGCCAGAGACAUGGCCUACACCGACGACCACGUGAAUUCAGCGCUGCCCAACGACCUGGACUGCGACGAGGCUCAAAGGGCUCCCGAGCAGAAACCACUACUUGAGCAGCUUGCCGAACGCGCGAACGGCACCGACACCAGGGCGCCCGACGACACCUGGACCGCUGCCAGCGACGAGGCCGAGGCUAUGCAUUCAAGGAACAACCGCUACGAGAACUCGGAGAUCAUCAACUCCGAUACGCAUCCCACAGACCCGACUGGUGGAGCCGCGUGGAGAACGUCCUCAGUACCCUCGCCAAACUUCGCCAACGCGAACGCGGACACCAGCGACAACUCAGCCUACAUGCAGCUGGACGCCGACAAGUACGAGAAGGGCUCCCACCACUCGCACACGAAGUACGCGCCGCACGACGAGCACAGCAGCAAGAGCACCGCAAGCAACUCAGACGAAGACGAGAUUAUUUCGCCGACGGACCACCUCAACCAGACGGCAGACGCCCACCUACCACCCACGACGUGGCCAGGCCACGACGGGGAAAGGGUUGGGUGUGCACUUGCUGCACCCAGCGCGCCGGACGAGACACCAGCUUUGCAGCAGUACGAGACGGGUUCCAGCAACAAAUCACAGGACAACCACCGCGACAAGCGCCUGCGGCUGCUGUUCAGCGCGUCCGGCAGCGUGGUGCUGUCGAGCUGCCCGGUGUCCAUCCUGAGCGCUAUCGUCGCCGUGGCGCUGGACUACAUCUUCAGCCAGUACGGGGAUGAGCUCGAGCUGAUCAGGAGCCUGAAGGACGACUGGGCCAUCAGCACCGUGGGCAUCGGCAUGAGCUUCGCCAUCGUCUUCCGCACCCAAAUCGCGUGGAGCCGGUACUGGGAGGCGGCGCAGGAGGUGACGACGAUGUGGUCGAAGUGGGGCGACAGUUUCCUGAACAUGAUCUCCUUCGCUAAUUCGGAACACUACAGAAGCGCCGCUGCAGCGCACCUCUGCUCGAUAUCCAUGAGCACUGCGACGAGCGGCGGGUGA